AUGAAAAGUGCAAGAAAAUUCUCAUCAUCGUCGACAACAACCACCGUUAUCCACACUUUCUAUAAUGACCAUACUGCCCCUCCAGCCACCAAAGAAAUCCCGAUUGAAGUCCCAUCUCCGGCGGCAAAACCCACCGUUCAGGCUAACGCCGACGCCACAGCCGCAGCGCGGAUCCAGUCUGGCUACCGUUCAUUAAGGAUCCGAGGCCUCUACAAGACAAUCUUAUCCGUCAGACGGGAAGCGAAUCGGGUGCAGAGCAUGAUCCAACGGCAGGAAACGGUGGACGCCAUUAGAAGUGAUGAGAAAGAACGGCUGAGGAUGAACGAGACUCUGAUGUCUCUGCUUCUAAAGCUCGACUCCGUCCCUGGAUUAGAUCCGACGAUCAGAGAAGCUCGGAGGAAAGUGAGCCGUCAGAUCGUGGGGAUGCAGGAAAUACUCGACUCGAUCUCGGAGACCAAAGUGGAGAAUCAGUGGUGGUCUAACUACGAUCUCGGAGUUGACGUCGGAAAUGGCGGCGCGUGGCCUCUGUACUGGGAAGAAGCGGUGGAGGAAGAGAUGUGUAGAGAGAAAGGCGGCGAGGAAAUGGAGAGAUUCUGUGCUCAGUAUUUGGGUUUCAGGUGUUUCCAGAGAUUUCUCAGAGAAUGA